UCCGCGGACGGGAAGGCCGACCGGGAGAUCACGAGCCGCAGCUGCCGAGCCGUGGAAGUGCUACCGCCGGAACAGUGCUUCGAUGUACGACAGGCGACGGGCCGACCGCCAGCUCAAGAUCCGGCUUCUCCAGGCUGAAGUGGUGGAGACUCUCCUGUAUGGGUGCGCCUCGUGGAGCCUAACAGCGGAGCACUACACGAAGCUCAAUGGGACCCACCGCCAGUUCCUUACACGGUGCAUCGACCGGAGUAAGCGGAAACGCUCAGACCGCCCCCUGUGCUAUGCCCAGGCCCUCAUCCAGGCAGGCUGCGAGGAACCCAUCGAGGCCACCGUGCGCAAACGGGGACUGUGUUUCGCGGACUUUGUUAUGCGCAUGGAGGACAGCCGCCUCCCCAAGCGCAUGCUGUUAGGAGCGAUGGCGGGGGGCGUGGAAUACCGGGGCGGGCAGGAGAGCGACUGGGUGUCUCGUCUAGGAGAGGACCUUGUGGCCUUCAACAUGGGAGACGACAAGGAAGGGGGGAAAUGGAAAGAGAGCGUCAAGGACCCGGAGGUGUGGUACAACAAGGUCGAGGAUGGGGCGGCAUGGCGCAUGAGGAAAUGACACAGGCAGGAGGCG